AUGUCUGGCCGACGCGUGCUCCCCCUCCAGACAAACAUCAACGCCGCCAACUCGCCUCUUCGGCCCUCGGCCGCUGCUGCUAGCCAUGCCGCAGCGGCCGGGAUGCCUCUCAAGCCUCGCCGCACCUUACCACAGCCUGUGGCCGCACACCGUGACCACAACCGCGACGCUCAAGACACUUACGCUGAGCAGCCUCCCGCAAAGAAGCAGAUCGUAGAGAAUGUGGCUCCCUCUCGACUUCUCAAAUCACCCUCUCAACAAUCCCGCGCCACCUCGAGAAGCCAGCCUGUAUUCCAGCAACGCACGAAUGCCACCACGUAUCGCUCCAAGGUCGACCUUGAGCGAACACGCCCGCAGCAUGCCUCCCAACAGCUUCACCAGCAGAUUGCGGCAGCUACCAAUGUUUCUGCCGUCGAGCAGAAUAGCCGACAAGCUGAUAAGAGCGUCGAAGACUUUCGUAACUGGCAAAAACAUCAUAGAGCCAAGUUUCCAAAAAUGGUCUUCUUUUUUGAUCACAUUCCCACAGAAGCCCGUCACAAAUUGGCCAAGCAGAUAAGUCAGCUAGGCUCGCGCGAGGAAAAAUUCUUCUCGAUUGAGAUCACCCAUGUCAUCACUACCCGGUCAAUUCCCACGGAUAAGGGCAUUAUUGCUAGAGACAGCAAUGACGGUCUUGGGAACGUGGACAAAGACGACACGCACAUGGACCAAGAACACGAACAACUACAGACGAUCGAUCCCAAAAAGCUGAGCAGACCUUCGGAGAUACCAGUCAAGCGGAAGCUCUUCGACGCCGAACUACGCAGCCGCCAGAUUCAGCCUCAAAUCCAGCAAGAUGUGUUGAGAGUGAUGCCGAAGCGUAACACCGAUAUUCUGCUCCGAGCUCGAGAAAUGGGCAAGAAGAUAUGGUCCUUGGACAAGUUGCAACGAAUGCUGCCACUCCUCUUGGAACAAGAUCCAUAUGUGAGCAUGCAAAUGACCUAUGGUAGUCGCACGCAGGCACACGAGUCCCGUGCAUCACAGGAUCGAAAUCUGCUGCAACUGCUCCACAAUGAGCGCGUAAACGGGCCGUCUGACCGUGACCCUACAGUCGCUGCGCGGGAACUGCACUACUUCAAGGGUCCAUAUUUGUACAUCUACGACAUGGAUGAGAAGCAGAAGCCGAUCAUGGUCAGGGAGUAUGAGAAGGUGGCCGAUAAGGCGGACGGGGACUGGCCGCAGUUUCGCACCGCAGCAGUUGGUCGAUGCCCAUUCGUCGAGGAUUACGACCAUCGGGAAGCCAGACAUCACCGACCAAAGCCUGCCGCUGCCGCUGCUGCCUCUCGACCUGCUGUCGAGGUCAAGAAGCCUGUCAUACAGCCUCCUGAAGUCCAGCCUUCCAAGCCUAUCACAGGCAAGCGCACUUUGAGCGAAAUGGAGCAAAGUCACAGUCGCAAUUCGAGCGUCGCGUCGAUCGAAGUCGCCCAGAGUCUGGCCAGCAAGAGGCCUGAUUCGCGCGGCAAUGCUUUCACAAGUCGUGCUGCAGCUGGACGACUCUUUGGUGGUGAGCCGGUAGCUUCUGGUCUGCAACCGUCCAACAUCACGUCUGCCAUCCGCUCGCAGAUGAUAUCGUCAACUGCAGCCACUCCAGGCGUGAUUACUGGGUUGAGCAAAGAAGUGCAUGGCCUGCAACGACAGGUGCUCAAACGGAACAGCACAGCCACUUCUCAGGAUUUCAGUUCGCGUCGUGCUGCAGAGGCCGCUCUGCGGGAGGAAACGGGCAACAAGCGCCCAUCGACUCUGGCACGCACAUCCAGCAAAAAGCUCGACCAGGUCGACGAAGCAUUUAUUGGCAAGGGUGACGACAGUGAAAUCAGUCGAGCCAUGGCUCAACCAGAGAAGCGCCCCUUGCCUAAGCCCAAAAAGCGUGAACUCAAGCCUGGCUACUGCGAAAAUUGUGUGGAGAAGUACAAUGAUUUUGACGAGCAUAUCGUCAGCAGAAAGCACCGUAGAUUCGCAGACGACGACCGCAACUGGGUGGAGCUUGACGAGUUGCUGGCUCAACUACAACGUGUUCCAAAGCACGUCCCAUUCCAACCGCGCGCUGUCUCCUUCACAGAUGAUGAUGAGCAGUGCUGA